AUGGGAGCUUAGUGCUGUUCAUUUCCAUAAAAACAAUUAACAAAUGAAAUAGUAGUCGAUGUUAAAGGGAGUUUACAUACAUUAUCAAAGAAAAGUGUAAACAAUGAUCAAUAUGUUGGUUUGGACAAUGUUAAUGAAAUAAAGGAACAAUAUGAAGAUUUUGAAGUUAUAGCAGAGUCUCCAUAAGAUAAUACUCCAAAAGAUGAUUAGACAGGAUAAUAAUGUAAAGUGUUUUAGCAAUCAGAAAGUAAAGUUGAUAGUAAUAAAUAUAUAAAUAAUGUAGCAUUGCCUAAGUAUGGGAUUAAAAAAAAGUUAACUGUAUCCUCCGUUGGAACAGUAAAGCUAGGAGCCGAUGUUUUCGUGAAUCUUAAGUAAGGAAGCAUACACAAAUAUUAUACAACUGGAGAAGUCUUAGGUUAAGGAGCUUACGGAAAAGUUUGGAAGGUUACUCAUAAAAAUACUGGUAGAUAAAUUUAUGAAUUCUAGGAAUGAUCAGGGCUAUGAAAUAAUUAAAAAAAAGUUCAUUAAUUGUUGAAGAACAACAAAGAUUAUUUGCAGAAAUGAACAUUUUAAAAAAUUUAGAUCAUCCUCACAUAGUCAAAUUAUAUGAAUUAUAUUAAGAUUAAUAGAACUAUUAUUUGAUAACAGAAUAUUUGUCAGGAGGUGAAUUAUUUGAUCGAAUAAAAUCAAUGUCAUAUUUUAGUGAAAAAAAGGCUGCUGAAUUUAUUAGAUAAAUCUUACUUGCUGUUGUUUAUUGUCAUGAAUAAAAAAUUGUUCAUAGAGAUUUAAAACCUGAAAAUAUUUUAUUUGUCAAUGAGUCUUCUAAUUCACCCUUAAAAGUUAUCGAUUUUGGUACUUCCAGAAAAUAUGAUACAGAGAAGAAAAUGACUAAAAAGCUUGGAACUGUAUAGUUUAUCAUUAAUAUAUAGGCUUAUUAUAUAGCACCAGAAGUUUUAAAAUAAGAUUAUAAUGAGAAAUGCGAUGUAUGGUCUUGUGGUGUCAUUUUAUACAUUUUAUUAUGUGGAUAUCCUCCAUUUACUGGAAAAACAGAAAAAGAUAUUAUGCAUAAAGUGAGUGAAGGAAAAUUUAAAUUUGAUUGUAAUUUAUAAUUCAAACUUAGUUUAGAGGAAGAUUGGGGCUUUAUCUCGGAAGAAGCUAAAAAUUUGAUAACUUAAAUGUUAUAGGUUAAUCCAAAUUAAAGAAUUUCAGCAAAACAAGCUUUACAUGAUCCUUGGAUUGAUAAACACAAUUUAAAUGAAAAGGUUAAUUAAAUAGUCUUAUAAAAUUUACAAAAAUUCCAAGUAAUUUAAUUUGACAUCUUAUUAGGCUAAAUCUAUUUUUACCUAAGCCGUUCUUUCUUAUAUAGCAUGUUAAAUGACUUCUCAAUAGGAAUAAGAUGAAUUAGUUAAAACAUUUUAAACUUUGGAUUAAGAUAAAAAUGGGAUAUUAUCAAAAGAUGAAUUGAUUGAAGGUUAUACUUUGGUUUUAAAAGAUAAAGAAUUAGCAAUCAAAGAAGUUAAUAAGAUUCUUUAGAUUGUAGAUCUCAAUCAAAGUGGAUAAGUUGAUUUUUCAGGUAUAACUUUUAUUAAAUAUUUAUUAUCAUAGAAUUUUUGAUGGCAGCAAUGAACUAAGAAAAAUUGGUUUCACUUGAACGAGUUAAGGCUGCAUUUAAAAUAUUCGAUGCGAAUGAUGAUGGGAAAAUAUCAAAAGAAGAACUAGAGCUUAUGAUUGGGAGUAUUGAUGAAGAACUUUGGUAAUAGAUUCUAACAGAAUGUAAGGCAGAAGGAGAAAUUACAGAAAAAGAAUUCAUUGAGAUACUACUUAAUCAAAAGCUUUGA